AGCUGCCGACCCACGAGCGCGUCCAAGCGCGUCUUCCUCAUCCACGGCCAAACCCAAAGUUCCGGGUUGACUUCAAGACUUCGUAUCAGAAGACAACCACUCACAGCCGCCACAUUAACGUUCCUGGACCAGACACAAGCUGGAGACAAGGGCUGACGAUGAGGCUUCGGAGCUAUGAGAGCAUGGCAAGACCGUGGAGAGGUGCUGGAUUCCGACGACGAGGAAGCUGUCUUCGCUUCGCCAUCGAGGGCUGCCAAGACAACAUGGAAGACAGCAGCUAGCCUGGAGGACUUGCACCGACAUUCUGAGGAGCCUGAGACGUCAAGCAGUAGAUUGGGCCUGGCAAAUGUCGAGCAGACCGUGGAGGAUGAGCCAUGGAUGCUACCCCAGCCCGCCGCUUUGUACGGCAAGCAGUCGAAGUUGUCUGCGCCUCAGAGCAGCACAUCUAUCUCCGCCCUGGCUCGUCAGACGGAAAACCUCGAGCGGUCCUCGCAGUUGAGGAGCUCGCAAUCCGAUCACUCUGCCAGCCUCCCGGACAUCCGUGAUAUCCUGGCUGAUGGUGGCUUGCGAAAUGACCGGACAACGCCCCAGCCAUAUUCCGUGACAAGCACGCCCCUAUCUUCCCCACUGUCUAUUCGGGAGAUUUCUCCUUCACCGCCACCUGCGAUCUUUCGGUUUCCGAUGCGCCAAAAUCGUGAGGAACGAUACAACUCGACUGCGCAGGGCGAACAACUCGAGACGAGUGAGCAGUCAACCGAAGCAGCUACCGCUUGGGAAGACCUCGUUCCAACUUCGGUCGGCAAACGAAAUCUGCGCGUUCGCAACGAGAAGCAGAUGCAUCCCUACCUAUUUGACAAAGCACAACAUCAAAAGCAGUUUCGAGAUCAUGGUUAUCGACCUGUCCGUGUCGUUACGGAGCGAGGUGCCGCGCAGACAGAUUACCCUGUUGCCAGCCAGGACGAUGAGCGUAGCGAUCAGAGUUUCAUCGAUGAGAGUACAUCUCUUCUUCCUUCAAGUUCCAAUGUCGAUGGUUCACUCUCCAUGGCUCCAGCUCUCUCCUCGCCUUUCCACAUGGGACCGGACAAUGCCGAUAGCGAGAAAGACUUGCCGGACAUCAAUGCACUGGUCAAUCAGCCUGUCUAUCGUACCCUCGGGAACAGUUCAAAGCGCAGAAAGAUAUCCCACGGCAUUCACUCUGCGCGAGCAGCAGCUUCAGCAGCUCUAACACGGGAUGAAUUCUCGAUACCUCCAUCUCCGCCAUCUACUCGAGGUGGGAAAGCAUCUCGUGCGCCCACUCGGCCAGCCGCAACGAACUUCAAAUUGCCUCGAGGGCUCACUCCAGAUGCACCACUCACCCCUGAGAUUUCGUCUGAUCCUCAGGCCGACCUCAUUGGGUCUGACCAAGGCGACCAAUCCGAACACGAGCCGUCUUCUCCUCGAAGGCAGCAGUCAUCGACGCCUGUCGCGGGGCAAAGGACAGACGAAUUUGAUCACGUUAGCGAGUCUUCGCAUUCGCAAGAGGAAGCCGACGUGAACCAGCAACAGAUGCAACCCCAAAGCAAACGCGUCAAAGGCGUCUUGCCAGCGUCCUGGCUCAAGGUCGAUCUACGUGCCCAAAAACCGCCAGAAUCUCCAUCUUCAAUGCAACAGCAUAUGCUCAACUCUGCGUCUCCUCCCAAAACUGCGCCGCAGAAAGGUGUCGCGCAACGAGUAUUCUCCAAGAGUGCGUCGUUCGCGAAGCCGCAACAUGCCAUUGUGAUUUCCGAUGAGGAGGAAGAGGAAGAGGAUGACGGGAUGGAUCGACCCCCAUCUCCCGCUGCAAUGAGACAGCUCAAACUCGACUUCCGACGGGACCGCCAUUCAACCGCGCCAACAAAUUUUGCUGAUGACGACAGCAUGGAAGUUGACUGGAUAGACCCCAUGCUAGACGGAUCAUCUCGAGUUCGAUCGGGUGGAAAGCACGCAGUCAAGCGCCGAUCAAAAAUAAAGGAGCCACGAGAGCGCGGACAGACGGACUUCUCAGAAGAGCGUGCUGCCAUGAGCCGGAUAACGGGGGCGUCUCGCACAAAGGGUUCAGGGCACGAGCGUGGCAAUCGGCGAAUGCCAGACAAAACAAAAGCACCUCGACUUAGCAUCGUCGAUGCACCGCGGGGAGUGGGAACGCAUCGUGAACAUGUACCCCAGUUCAUACGAGUUGCGGCAAGGAGAGCACGAAAGCAACCGAAUCUUGGCCGACAUUCGCCGUCAGGUAAAUAUGUGCGUCUUGCAACCAGAGACGAGACGGCCGAAGCCUCGCAUGUGCUGCGCUCCUGGCGAGAAGGCACCAUUAUGCCUCAUCAGCCGAGUCACGUUCAAUACCGCGGUCACGGGACUGGCACAGAGCUCGAGGAGAUAUCCGAUGGCAAUAAUGUUUCAUCGGUACGUACUGUGAACAGGACACCGUUGGAAGAGAUGCAGCACAACCGACAAACACGACUACCGAUUCCACUAUCCAAGGUCACCACUACUCGCCCGUCAAAACCGCCAGGGAACCAUGUAUCUUGGGCGAGAACGCGCCAGAUACAGCUGAAUCUGCCGAACGGUAAUCUCAGCGAAACUACUACGAGCACCCGAGCAAGCGAACAAAGCCGUUCGGAGGACGCGAGCAUGUCGAGGAGUAGGCCAAAUCCGAAAAUUCAACGAGCUCCCGCACAGCCUUUGCGUUAUCGUGAAGCUCAAAUAGAGUCGUUGGAAGGUGAUUUCAGCCGAGAUCAUCGGGCUGCGAUUUUCAAACAUCGCAUGCACUGUCUCACGGAGAGCGUAGCACGACUAAAUCGUCGAGGCGGGAAUGACUUUCAGCUGGCUCGCUUCCUGCGCGACCCUGACCUUGGUCCAGAUAGAGCCAAUACUGGGAAAGAUGGUCGUCCUGAGCCCAGCAAGGAAAUCAAUGAGGCAGCAGCCGAAUCCGAUCCAUCGCGCGUUAUUCUACCACGCCGACCUCGGAAAAGGCAAUCUCGCCGCAUCGAUGCUGAAGUCCAAGAACUCCGACAACCGAGUGAGCCGUUACCCGUCUUUCAGGAUAUCGAAGAAACAUUGCAACUGCCAACAGAUAAUAAUUGCCAAAUACUGCACGGCCUGGGACCGUUUGGCACCCGAUAUGCCACCGAUUUCGAUGUUCUUCCUUUGCCACUUGGGACCUUUUUCCAUGAAAGCUCAUUCAUCGGCAGCGGCGAUUUCGCUGCCAGCCUGAAUUUCGCCGAUCGGGACCUGGACACCCCAACAGGCCGAAUCCGCAUCCACAUCGAUAGUGAAGUGCUGAAUUGGGGAGCAUGGACCGAAGAUGUCGCGGUCGGCUUGAAUCGCAUUCCCGGCGCAAUAUCUGAUGCGUUCCAAACUCUUUCAACAGAGCAGUGCGACUCACCCGAGACCGGAACACAGGCGCUGGUUCUGUCAAAUGUCGAUUAUUUGCUCCGCUCUGUCGUACGAUACUUCACUCGUUGUUUGGCCUUUCUUGAUCCCGUGGAUCGCAGGGAAUGCAUACACGCGACUCUACGCAUGGUCCAGGACUUGCUGGAGAGUGUCACGGAGCAUCAAGACGGGAGAGCAACGCACCACCACAUCUUCGCUAGAUGUGCCCAAUAUGCCGUCAUUCUGUCAACACAGCUUGUUGUGCUUUGCCAGCACGCGUCAGUGCAGCCAGAAGAUCGAACAUGCUGUCAGCAGCUAUUAGCACGCUCGACCGUUCAUCUGGCCAAGAUGUGCUUGCCAGAAUACCUUCAUGAUCUGCACACCACGUACGAAGCGAACAAACAUUCUUCCCGACGUGAAGCUGGACUGCGGGACACAGACACCGUAAUGUGCAGCAUUGUCAUCCUGUACCAUGUCACGCAGAGAGUUGAGAUAGAGGGUGUAUCUUUCUGGACCGCCAUCUCACAAGCGUUGCUACGAGUCGAUCCGUCCGCAUUGAGCUCUGUUUCCGCUCUCGAUAAGGUUUGGUAUGACCUUCUGACGAUCCAACCUGCUCUUGAAAUAGACGUCAAUGGCAUAUUGCGGACGGGGAGCAGAUUUCAAGGAAACCGAGAUGGCUGGACUCUUCCGAAGUGCCUCGUUGAGCGGUUAUUCGGACUGUACGCAGCUACCAGCACGCACCCUGGCACGACGGUGAAUGACUAUAUUCGCUCGGCUCUGACGAGGUGCUUCGUACUGAUUAACAGAUGGGGGUGGUGGAGUUGCGAAUCGCUUCUCGGCACCGCGUUCGACUUCUUCGCCAGACGUGGACUUGCCCAAUUGCACAACGAAGGUAGCCAUGGCUCCCCGGCGUUUCUCAGUGAUCUUUCCCACCACCCUCAACUGGAAGUCCAAGCGGAAGACCGAUCGUUCGCCAUCUUCUUGAAGAUGCUUGCGUCUGGCCUGCACGGACUGAAGAAGCAUAACAUUGUCACCAGCAAGAAAAUCGGUGGUAUAGCGUGGCGAUUCAUUCCGAACCAUGGUCGAACGCAUCGCAAAGACGCCGAGCUGCGACAAGCUGAUUUAGACGCGCUGCGAAACCACCAUGACCUUCUUUGCACCCUCUACUAUGCUGCCCCGGCGGGUCAUCGAUUGAGGCCGAGUCUGAUACAGAACUUGGUGGAUCACUCGAGCUCUCACCGAGAAGUCUGUCGACUUAAUAUUCGCGCCUGGUCCAAUCUCGCCAGCUUCCAAGCGUCGACCGAUGAGCCCUCUGCGAACCUGGAGCCGUUCAAUAGCUGGAUCUCCGGUAUCAUUACCACCACUAUCAGCCAGUAUCGACUUGCAAGGACGGAGGUGGAGCAGGAGGCUGCCGCGGCUACUGCAGAGGGCAUGCUCGCAGUUUCAUCCCGCACCAUUGAGGACACCAUUACUCGCAAUCAACGGCAGAUAGCGAUGUCACUUGUGGAAACUCUAUCGGCACUCAGGCACGUCUUGCAGUGUUGCAGCACCUUCGGAAAUGUGUUGAGCAUCCUCGAAGGUUGUGGAUUUCAACAGGUCCUGACUUUGUUCGAGCCGUCCGAUCGCCGGCUUCAUGGGACAAUUCAAGAAGCCCUUCGCGUUGCUAUUGCCGCUCUCGAUCUCGAGAAAAAGUUUCGCGCCGCUAAAGACAGCCAGCCAGGAAGCGAGGAGAGUCAAGAGUACGGAGAUUCCAGCGCACUGCAAGAAUUCGCAGCAGUCGAUGAUACGAUUCAGCCGGUCGAUCAAGACAUCGCCACAAGUCUGCAAGGGCCACUAGCAAACUUGGUGUCCAAUGUGUUCGGAGCAGACACAACAACAGACGAUACCCUGCUUACUCAAGUCAUCGAUGUAUGGAUUGGUGUGGCACAUCGCACAAUAGCCCAUGGUACCAGGACCUGGGCGAGCUACAUCGCUGGCUACAGCUCCGAUGCGUGGAGUCAGUUGCGAGAUACGGAGCAGCACCACAAAUACACCCCGUACUUCUUAUCUCGGGUGGCGGAGCUGGGUGACAUUGAGCCAAUCGAAAGCGGCUUGAUCACAGAAUGGCUCCGAUCGUUGGUGGCGCGAGAGGCAGCGCUGAAGUUCCAGCACAAGCUGACGAGCGCUCUAUUGAACCGAUAUCCGGAGGAGCCCUUAUUGUUCAACUUGCCAUUCAUGCGGAACAGCAGUGGAGAGUAUAACAUAUCCUUGCACGAGCUUCGCCAACGCCGACUGGCGAUGUUGUCAGCUGUCUUGUCAAACAUGUACGACAAUUUCGACCGCACGCUACGACAGCAUCCGAGCAUGCUUCGGCAACUACGCCAAACCUACGCGGACAUGCUGGUACAAAUGAUGCAGGCCAUGAAGCGAAACUACCAAAGUCUCCAACCCUCUGGGCAAGCGGAAGUCGCAAGCUUGCAGGCGCAGGGCGUGUAUGUCGAAUUCGUGCAGCAAGUCGUCACGCUCCUGCAGCAAUACACUACCGACAUCUGCGCAGUGGAUCGCUUCUUCACGGACUCUUCAGCCUUCCCAUUGCCCGCCACCGAUCCUACCUAUGUCAUUGGCAGGCUGAGGAGCUAUGUGCCGAAGCUCAAUGAAGGUCGUAAGCGGAAGGAGCUCGCGGUUUUCAUCCAGACUGUGAGCGAAAGAGCGGCGCUUGAUGGGCAUCAAUCCUACUUGAUCGAUCAGUUCGUGUCGGCAGCGACGAGUACAGUGGAAAGGGGGAAUCCGCACGCGCCCAGUCUGCGCCAUGUCCUCUUGUCCGCCGUCUUUCCCGCGUACUUUGAGAGUUCUCUUCUCACAGCAUGCUCGUGGAUUGUGACGGUGCCAAUCGUGGAGGCAUGCGCGAACAUUGCAGAGAAGCUCCUCUACUGUGUCCAGAUGGAAGACGACGGAAGCGUUGCCGCGACUUUUCAGACGCUGGCUAUCCUCUUCCAAAGCGCACUGCACCCGUUGCGAGCGGCUCUCGUCCAUCAUGGACAGAUCACCUUGCCGCAUGUUCAAAAGACGGUAGCCGCCAUCUUCGACUUCGUCCGGUGUGCUAUACCUUGCGUGCAAUUUAUGAGGAGGAGCACCGAGGCGGCGAAGGGGCUCGAGGAGACUGUUCGUGAGUUUGUACAGUGUGCCGCGCAAUUCGAGGCGUAUACGACUGGCCAGAGUAUCGAUGAAUGGGUUGGAAGCGAGGGGAGAGAAUCGGUGCUUUCCUACGCAUGGCCUGACACGAGAGAUUUCGUCAUGAAGCAAGUGCGGGAAAAGUUUCAGUCGGAGUGGCAUGCUCGGGACGGACGGUACUACGUGCGAAAGGGUACACAGUUUGUGGAGGUUGCGGUGCGGCUUGAAGGAGAUGAAAGAGUCCAAUUGCAGGAAUCGCUAAGGCGGUUCCGGGAGAGCUAUGAGAUGAUCUUCGAGGGACGAGGAAGAGACGCUGCGACAAUCGCAGUGAGAGCCUAUGAUCAUGGUAGUGUGAUUGUGUAGGACAUGUAUAGCAUUCAAUGCAUGCGUAGACAAACGAAGUUGGAG